AUCAGUCGUAUCAGAAGAGAACAAACAGCUUUUGUUUUUCGGUUGCAAAUCCAAGCAAACUUGGCUCUGAAAGUUAAAUUUUCUUGAUUGACUGAAGUUAGUAGUUCUUGUGAUUUAAAUUCUGAAUUGGAAUUUCAAGGCAAUACCGUCAAAAUGGACCGUUUGGCGAAACUUCGCUGCCGCUCAUCAACGGGAUCGGGACCCCUGAACGCCAGUUCGACCUCGAUGGGGAAUGCGGCGGGCUAUGAAACAGCUAAUGACGAUAGUCUGACUUCUGGGUGUUCUAUGUAUUUUUCGAUUAACGAAGGUGACACUGACGAGCAACCGGUGUUGGAAAAGACGUUGGAUGCUAAAGAACCAUCAUCGGACAGUACGAUCGAUAAGACUCUUGAAAAUGAUUUUUCUGUUGGGGAAGUGAGUACCAUCCGCAAACCAAUAUUGGCGCAUGCUUCGCCAGCAACUGUUAAAAUUGCUAGUAAAAUGAGUGUCAAGUAUUUGGGCGUUUCUUCAACUCCAGCAAAAUCACUCAAGGAUACAGAGAAGGCUAAGAUGAAAACUCCUGCUAGCAAAAAAGUAAAUAUAAGCGGCGUGGUAAAGCUAAAUGAUACGAAUGAUAAAAAUUGCUCUUUGAUGGAGAAAAUGAGAGAGCCGAAAGUAUCAGAGUCUUCUUCGGUAGAAGACGGAAAUGAGUCUAAACUGAUUAUGGAUAGUAGCGUCGUUCCAGUUCCACAAGAGAGUAACAAGUCCUUUGGGACGAAUAUUCUGGCUAACUUUUUUGCCACAUUAGAUGUCAACAAAUGUACACCGCUUCCGGAAAUUAAAGUGAUUCAACCAGAGGAGGUUCAAAGUGACACAACCCCAAGCAAGAGUCGUGAUUCAAAUUCUCUACAGAGCUUUUUCGAAUCUUUGAAGAAAUACCCAACGGAGUCGGAAAAAGAAAAUAAGCAAACAGAUAGAAGAAAAAGCCUGCGAAAAUCAUUGAUUCCAUCCAAGUCGAUUGAUGAACGUCCCAAAACACGAAACUCUAUUUUGGUAGCCACCAGCGAAAAUCGAGUAGCUUCACCGAUUUCAAAGACUACUCGUAAAUCUAACUUGGUUAAACUGAUUCCGGAUAAGUUGAAAGAAAUGCGGAAGGCUAAUCAAUCCGAUCUUGUCACCUUUCAACGAAAAUCCACCAUCCCGCUGCCAAAAAUAGUAACGUCGGCGGCGGCAUCCAAAACGACCGUUUCUGCAAAAUCCGUAACUAUUGAACAAGAUAUCAUCGGAGAUUCAAUCAAAGUUAACGGAAACAGAAAGUCCAUUUUCCCACCGACGACAAAACCUUCACCAAGCGUUGCGUUAAAACGAAAAACAAUAGCCCCAAUGGCAGUUACGUCUAGAAGAUCUGUGCUUCCGGCUAAAAAUUCUCGGCGGUCGGUUAUUCCCCCAGCAAACACAGCUCUACAAAAAACGGUUCCCUUGAGAAUUCCAGCGAAGACAACAAUCACUAGCAGUGAUACAUCUCUGAAAUCGUCUCUGGGAAAGAGGUCAAGCACGCUAAUACCGGCCGAAGGAGGUGAGCCGAUGACGAAAUUGCGCAAAUCACUUGCUCCAGUGAAGGAAAUAAGUCCUAGAGUAUCUCCGAGAGCUACAACGGCGAAGACAUCAUCUCGUAUUCGUCCGCCAAAUGUGACCGUAGCUUCGUCGUCGACGACGGCCGUGAUGAACUUUAAAAAACCGGAAAUAUUCACAUGUGAUACGUGCCAACGAUCGUUUCGGCUGAAGUCCUCUUUGGACAGUCACCGGAAACUGACACAUCAGAGUGGUAGUUUGACAUCUACGCCCAGUGCUAGCACGAACAGCAAAAGCAACGACAGUUCAACUGAAAAUCAGUGCCGAUUCUGUUCCAAAUCAUUUGCCAACCCAAAAUUUCUCUCCAAUCAUGUCAUCUCGAACUGUCUGAAGAUUCCGCCAUUGGAAAAACGGAAGCUACUUGCUCAACGAGAGGAUCAGCAACGGGCCGCCAACAAUCGUUCUGGCGAACGUUCGAAUGUAUCCCGCAUAACAACACGGCCAAAAUUGGACUCCGCUGGGAGUAGCAACAGCAGCAACCGGUCAGUGGAUGCACCACCCUCCGACACUUCCACUUCCAGCAGCAUAGGAGAUACCAGUUCGGCAUCGCUGUCGUCGCAGGGCGUCAGCAAAAAACGUAAUAAGGCCACCGACAAACAGCGAACCGUUGGCCACACGGGAAUUACUCGUACGCCGAAAAAGGAAAUCAAAUGCCAUCAUUGUAGCAAAAAGUUUAUCAAUGCGGUUGAAUAUGCAUUGCAUGUGCAGGCUCACGCCAAAGGCGGACUGCAGCCCUUAAAGGAUUUAGUAACUCAGAAUCAGAAAACCGACGUGCCUUCGCAGCUACCGGAGGUGGCUAAGCUUGUGCAAAAGUUGACAAACAUAAAGAACAGAGUAAACUCAAAGUAACAAACUGGAGGUUGGGUCCGGCCCGAUUUGGCUUGUUAUUUAUUGUUUCGUCACCAGUGGUUCCCGCAGCUAGAACGGAUUUUUUUUAAGAUUCCUAAAUAUUUUGUAUUUCUUAUUUUUCGUAGUCAAAUUCGAAGAUAACUGUCCGAUAAAUAAAAA